AUGGCCUUCCCCCUCCCGCGGGGCAUCACGCCCCCGGAGAUCUCCUUCCUGGCCGAGAUGGAGAUGGUCACAAUCGUGCCUCGCCAGCGGCUAGAAGGCCUCGAGCUACUAGGCGGCCCAGUCGACCCCCUCAUCCCCCCGCGCCGAACAUCCGUCCCCCUCUGGCUCGCCUCGCUCCUCAAGCGCCAGCGCCGCGCAAACAUCCUCCCGCCCCCCUGGCUACACCCAGAAUCUCUCUCGCUAAUCCUCGACAUCGAAACUCAACACGCCGACUACCAGCACGCCUUCUCCCCACCCCCUCCACUCCCCGGCCAACCCAAGCUCCGAGACCGCGGGUCUCAAAAACCCACCGCACGACCCCGAUACACACCAGAGGGCCAGCGCUACUUUGCGACGCCGCCAUUCCUCCCGCAGAAUUUAGCACAGGACCAGCAGGCGUUCGACGACGGGGAGCCACCGACGCUGCCGUUUCAUUGGCUGGAGGUUGGGACGAUGCUGUUGGAUGUUGCGAGCGACGAUGUGAUUGAUCCGGAUCAGACGAGGAGGUUGUUGAAGGAGUUGAGGGAAGUGAGGUCUGCGAAAAUCCGGUCCGGUGUGGAGGUGUUGGAUGAUGCGGCGGUUGCGGGCGGUGGUGUUGCGCUUACUGGAGUUGGGGCUAUGGAGAUUGGUGAGGGGAGGGGGUUUAUUGGGGGUGUGGUUGACGGGCUUAGACGGAUAGGAGCGUCGAAGGAACAGGCUCGUCGGGAGCAGUUGGCGGAAGCGGCGAAUGGUGGAUACGACGCCACGCAGGAUGAUUACGAUGAAAUGGAGUUUUAA